AUUUGUGCUGGUUUGUCCAUUAUGCAUGCGUUCGCAAGACUCGUGCAUUCCCGACGGUUACAGCUUCGGAGGUGUUUGUCCGAAACAAAUUCACACACUCUCUCUCUUAGGUCCUUGUGUUCUUCCAUUCAAUCUUUGGCUUUCGGAUUCAUUCGCAUUCGCCGAUUUCCCUACGAAGAUUCUGAUUAGGGAUCGAGUGGCUUCGACUUGUUCUUCUUCAUCAAUCAUCGUUGAUUUACAGGCAAGUGCACUCGGGAGAGUUGAAAUCUUGUUUUCAAAAAGGAAUUAUUCUGGUUUGCUUUGGCGCAAUGCACAUGUACAGACUGUUUUCGUGUUAUUCUGUAUAGGAUUCCUAUUUCUGGCAUUGCGAUUCUAUUAUCCUUUGCUUAGCAAUCACGGGGGAUUAUGAGAAUGCAUCACUCUUCAUUGUCACAUUUGAUCUGCAUUUAAAUAUUAUUUGUUGUUAAACAUCUAUUGACUCUCCUAUAAUUUUUUCAUACUCUUUGAACGAGUUUAAAAUCAGAAUGUUCCAUAACUUUUGAAAUUAUUUGAACGAGUUUUAAAAAAAAAAAAAAAUCUCAAAACGGAUCAAUUUAGCAUCUUCUUACUGAGAAAAGGGGAAGAAUUUGCCAUGUCCUAUGGUUUGCACUUUGACAAACUUGCUGUUAAAAUUCUGCAUAGUUGCAGUAGACGUCCUAGUAUUCAAUAUAGUUUUUACUUUUGCAGCUCCUAUCAGAAAGGCAAUACACGCUUUCUUGUAUGGUGUACUUUCAUGCUAUUUAGUAUUUAUGCUUAAUGACCCACCUAAGGAGUGCAUUUGCAUUGGACAGAGAUGGACAUCUCUAGUCUCUUAACUUCUGCUGGUAUCAAUAUAGCAUUUUGUGCGGUGUUUAUAUCACUAUAUUCUGUUUUGAGAAAACAACCUAGCAAUUCAAGUGUGUACUUCGGGCAAAGGCUUGCUCAGUUACGUUCAAAGGAGGGGGACGGUUUCACCUUUGACAGACUUAUUCCUUCUGCUAAUUGGAUAAUAAAGGCCUGGAAAGCAUCUGAUGAAGAAAUACUUGCUUGUGGGGGCUUGGACGCAGUGGUUUUUCUCAGGACAAUUGUUUUCAGUAUUCGGAUAUUCUCCGUUGCUGCUACAAUUUGCAUUCUCCUUGUGCUUCCAUUGAAUUAUUUUGGAAAAGAGAUGCAGCACCACCAUAUCCCUUCGGAAUCACUGGAUGUAUUCACGAUAGUGAAUGUUAAAGAAAGAUCACAAUGGCUUUGGGCCCAUUGCCUUGCAUUAUACAUCAUAUCCUUCUCUGCGUGUCUUCUUCUUUAUUUUGAGCAUAAAAACAUCACAAAAAUGAGGUUGGUGCAUAUUACUGGAUUUUCUCCAAGUCCGAGUCACUUUACAGUUCUAGUUCGUGGUAUCCCUUGGACUCCAAAAGAUUCAUACAGUGAUUCAGUGAGAAAUUUCUUCGGAAAAUAUUAUGCAUCGAGUUAUUUAUCGCACCAAAUGGUUUAUAGGUCUGGUAUAGUUCAGCAACUAAUGAGAGAUGCAUCAAAGAUAUAUGAGAUGAUCAGUCUCAAUUCAACUGAGCCACACUGUAGAUCAAAUUUACUAAGAUGCUGCCUCUGUGGAGGAAAAACACAUUCUUUCAAGAUCCUCUCCAAUGAAUCAGAAAGUAUCCGCCAGAGAAGUGACAGCAUAGACUCAGAUUUAAGAGAAAAGGAAUGUGCAGCUGCUUUGGUUUUCUUCAGGACAAGAUAUGCUGCUUUAGUUGCUUCACGUGUUCUUCAAUCAUCAAAUCCCAUGCAUUGGGUCACAGAUCGGGCUCCAGGACCACUUGAUGUCUAUUGGAAAAAUCUUUGUAUACCAUACAAACAACUUUGGAUUCGAAAGCUAGCAACUCGCAUCGCUUCUAUCGUUUUGACGCUUUUAUUUAUUGGACCUGUGGGUUUUGUACAAGGUCUCCUUCACCUAGAGGGUCUCCAGAAACGAUUUCCUUUUCUGAGAGGAGAUUUAAAGAACAAGUAUAUAAUCCGUGUGGUGACUGGGUAUCUUCCAAGUGUGGUAUUGAUGAUAUUUCUUUAUGCUGUUCCUCCAGCAAUGAUGUUGUUUUCUACAAUUGAGGGACCUAUCUCUCGUAGUGACAGGAAAAGGAGUGCCUGCACCAAAAUUCUAUAUUUCUUCAUCUGGAAUAUAUUUUUUGGUAAUGUUUUGUCAGGUAGAGUUAUUGAAAGAUUGAGCGUUUUUUCUCGUCCCGGGGAUGUAACUGCCUUACUUGCCACUGCAGUACCUGCACAGACAACCUUCUUUAUGACUUAUGUUCUGACAUCAGGUUGGGCAAGUUUGUCAUCUGAACUCAUGCAACCUUACGCUCUUCUCUCCAACUUUUGCUAUAAAUUUAUUCUCAGAUACAAUGAUGAUCCAUCUUGUGGCGUUUAUUCGUUCCCAUACCACACGGAACUUCCAAGAGUUCUCUUGUUUGGAUUCAUUGGCUUUGUUUAUUCUGUGAUGGCUCCUUUAAUAUUGCCAUUCUUGCUGGUUUACUUCUUCCUUGCGAAUCUUGUGUACCGUAAUCAGAUUCUCAAUGUAUAUGUCACAAAAUAUCAAAGUGGUGGCCGGUUUUGGCCUAUUGUGCAUAAUUCAACAAUCUGCUCAUUGGUGAUGACACAAAUACUAUCCAUGGGGGUAUUUGGACUGAAAAAAUCAACAGUUGCAUCAGGCUUCACUAUUCCAUUGAUUAUCCUUACACUUCUUUACAACGAGUUUUGCAGGCAAAGGUUUAUUCCUGUAUUUAAGGACCAUCCUGCACAGGUUCUUAUUGAUAUGGAUCAAAAAGAUGCCCAAUGCGGGAUGUUGGAGGAGAUUCACGAGCAAUUGCGUUCGGCGUAUUGUCAGUUUGCAUCAACUCCCAAUGAAUUGGAUAAAAGUGUGCCCCUCAAUCAUUUUGAGGAAGGACAGAGGGCCAUACUUCAAGAUCCAGAGGACAUGAUGUCAAGAAACAAAUCCCGACGGUGAAGGAGGUAUUAUUACAUGUUGCCCGGUUCCAGUUUGGUGAUGGGAGAAUUGAACUUGAACUGAAAAGCUAAAACGAAGAGCAAAAAAGAAAAAUGAAGAAAGGGAGAAAGAGAAAAAUUGGAUUGAGCCUUAGUGUGUUGGUACAAAAUUGAACUUUUAAGAUGACAUUAGCCGCCACCAGAAGUUGGUGCUCAGUUCCUGGAAGAAACUUCUUGUAAGUAAAGAGCUGGUCAAUAUUUGAAGGUUUUGUAGAGAAGAUAUGAAGCUCUGCUUUCCACCCUAUUUUAAUUUGUCAUUUUUUUAUUCUUUUAUUUUUUAUAUCACUUCAAGAAAUAUAUCAAAAUUGUGUUAGGAACCGUUAGAACAUUCAUUAUUCUGUUUUUUUUUUUUUUCCUUUUUUUUAUUGUGCUAAGAAUCAUUCAUCUAUAAUUGGGUAGACAUUAGUAGCUUAUUUGUAGAAACUGGUUGU